AUGCGCAUUCUUUGUCUUCACGGCCAUGGCACAGGCUCUGAAGUGAUGAAAUACCAAAUGUCUGCUUUAGCAAAAGCGGCAGACGCUAGCUGGGAAUUUCACUACUUAUGUGGAGAAGAGAUAUGCCCACCAGCUCCAGGGAUUGAAAUUAAUUUUCCCGAACCGUACUUCUGCUACUCUCGCAAUUUUGGUCCUGAGAGCGAAGAUGCAGCACAUGCUCUCUUGGAGGAGACAAUUGCUGAAAAGGGCCCUUUUGAUGGUGCAUUUGGCUUCAGUCAAGGUGCAUCUAUUCUCGUCUCCUAUUUGAUCGAGCAGAAGAUGGCGCAUCCAAACAAUAACCUUCCUUUUCAAUUCGUCAUUCUGUGCUCCACAACAGUGCCUUUAGCUACGAAUCCGGAAUACAACCAACGUUUACUUGGGUCUCUCACUUCUCAAGACGAGUUGCACAUUCGAUCCUGCCGAGACGAAGAAAUCGCUCGGCUUCCUGGAGUAACACGCACUGCUACAGCAUCCCUUAUAUCUAUAAUAGACGCCGUGGAACCAAUCACCCUUAAGCCACGCAGCUAUUACUUGGAUCGGCCGUUGCGGGAAAUCCCAUCCGUGUUACAUCCGGAUGUAUGCGAAGUCCGCCUUGCACUUCCCGCGCUCCACGUGCGCGGAAAGACCGAGCUUUCUGCGAUACGGGAAUCUGGGAUGUUGGUUCAGAAGUUCUUUGAGACUGGCAAGCAACGAGUGUUUGAGCAUACCUCGGGACAUGAUGUCCCGCGAUCAGGACCAGAGGCACGCCAGAUGUUGUCUGCCAUGGAGUGGGUUAUCGCACAGAGUCAACUACCCAGUUAUUAA